AUGCCUGGUAAUCAACAGCGGAGACUACCACGAUACUUGCAAAAUACACAUGUUGUCAGUUCAGGCCCUUUGGCUGCUGGUAAUUUUUCAAGUGAUAAGAAUGGUGAGAUGAGAAGAUCAUAUUUUAAAUCUGGUAACUCUGAUUCGUCAUCUCUGGUUCAAAAAGGUUUACAAACUUUUGGUAAUGCAGAUAGCAUAUCUGAUGAUGAGAAUGAGGAUAAGAUGGCUAAAGGAGACAAAGGAUCAAGGUUUAAUAUGGGUAGAGAAAUGUCAUUACAAGAUUGGAAGAAAAUGGAAAAAGAGUUGGAACAAAUUGAAGAUGAUACACAAGAGAAUAUUGAUCCUGAUGAUGAAGAAGCUUGGCAGGCUAAAAGGAUUGAAGAGUUAUUUCCUGUCAGACCUUUACGUAUUUUGCAUGAUGAUGGCGAAGUACAUUCAAAAUCAGAUAAUACCGAAGAGGCUACUAGUACAGAACCUAGCACAAGAGAAGAUACACCUAUAAUCAAAACUGAGCCAGAUGUCAAUAUUAAAAUGGAACAUUCAAAUGAGGAGACUGUUGAGGCAGCUUUGAGUGCUGAAGUGAAUAAUAAUGCAACUGAUGAUCCAGAAAUGCAUGCCAUUAAUGAAGAAGAAAUAGUACUUGAAAAUGUUCAAUAUACAAAUGAUCAUAAUAGAAUAUUGCAUAAAUUACACUCGAUCAAUGACAAAGAUGGAAAAUUUGUAUUUGUCCAGUUACCAAAUAUACUACCCGAUUUUACUGAUUUAGCACCACCUAAACCAGAAAGCGUUGAAGAUGAAGACACUAACAAAGAUGGAAAGGAAAAUAGUGGUGAAAAGGCUAAAGCUGCACUAGAGAAAAAACCAACAAAAAGAUUAGGUGCGCUAGCUAAAAAGGCAAAGAAAAAAGAUGAAGGGCCACCUAUUGUGAAUCAAAAAGAAUUAUCUGGUAGAAUUGGAACCAUUAGGGUACAUAAAUCUGGUAAACUAUCAGUUAAAAUAGGUGACGUGAUUAUGGAUGUCGCAAGAGGUGCCGAUCCAACGUUCUUCCAAGACAUUAUAGCAUUCAAUGAGAAAGAUGAAAAUCCAGUGGCAGAACAUCUAGGCCUAAUUGAUGAGAAGAUAAUAGUGAUGCCAAAAUUUUAG